AUGAGCUCUGCCGAGUCGAACAAAAUUUUUGAAACAAUGGAGAGCCUUGCUUCUGUGGCGGACUGGGAGGUGGUUAAACAGAAAAUAAAGGAGCAAAAUGUCCCACUGAAUUUGUUUAACGAAGUGAUUUAUAUGUUGGGAGUCGACUUGGGACAGGCGUUUGGAUACUCUAUUAUCAAAAUCCUAUUUGAGGGAAAAGAUUUGAGGGAUAUUGCGGAGUUCAUAUACAACGACUUGUGUGACCAGGACGUGUACCACGUUUCUGAGUAUCUUGGUGGAUUACAAAACAUCCCAGAAGUCGAAAACGACAUUAAUGGAAAGCCAGCAGAGAACUCCGCAAUUUUUGUGUUUGGGAAUGACGCUGAUGGUGCGAAGAAAGUGGCGUAUGUCCUCAACUAUUUACAUCACGAGUACUCUCUUGGGUGGGACGACUUAAUCUUAGUGAUAGCCACUGCGUUGUCGAAUUGGGGAUUGUUGGAUCCAUCAGAUCGAUUUCUCCAACUCUUCUUGGUUUCUGUUUCAAAGGAACUUACUGUAGAUGAAACAAUUGUGUUGUUCCAGAAAAUCAUCGAAGUGUGCGACGAAGAAGAAAAGAAGUUGUGGACACUUUAUAACAAAAAUAUAGCACAGUUUUUCCAAUUACUGACAUCAAACUGGAAUGACGUCGACAAAAAGCAAUUUCUCAAAAACGGGCCAGUCACAUGGAAAUGGUCGAAAGAUUCAAUCAAACAACUCAACAAGUUCUUCAAGAUCAAGUAG